UAAGUAGUCAUAUAAUUAGAAGACUAAUCAUCCUACUCACAAUCCAUUCAUUUACACUUUACACUAUUCAUCAAAAAACACACAGACGGAGUCAUGCUAAUGGAAGAAAAAGCUGAUCCGAUCAGCAGGUUGCCUAACGAAAUCCAGCACCACAUAAUGUCAAAGGUUCCUCUAAAAGAAGCAGUUCAAAUCAGCAGUUUAUCCACAUCGUGGAGGAGUCUAAUGAGCCCUUCCCGCCUCACCCUCUCAUCCAAUCAAGAGUUGAAGCAGAUCAUCCAAUCCCUCUCCGAAUCCGCCGCUUUUCGCACACUCACGCUCCAUCUCGACGCUGCUUCCACCGUCUGCACCCUAGGAGCCAACGGCGAACUCCACCUCGACUUCUCACAACACAAGCAACAUCCAUCAUUAUCACAAUUCGGUUUGAUCAUCAAACAAACCAUCUCUCCUCUCUCUCGUCCUACCUUCUCUGUUAUCAAGACUCUGCACCUCAGAUCCAUCUCCCGUCUCGUGGGGGAGACGGUCAGCGACCUCUGCUCGAGCUGGUCGUCUAUAGAGAGCCUGAAGAUCGAGAAAUGCAGCGGAUUACAGAGCAUUGAGAUCGAAUCGAGCCAGUGUUUAAAAAAUUUGGAGGUCUCUGACUGUCCCAGCAUUGCUAGAAUAGUAUUGGCGUCUGCUCCGAACCUCAACUCCUUGUCGUAUAAGGGAGCUUUCACGCUUGUUCAGCUUCUCAACGUUCCGAAUUUGGAACGAGCAGCGUUGGAUUUCAGAGAUGGCUUGGGCGGGAACGAGUUUAACUGCGAUGAUUCUCUGUCUAUUCUCUAUUCCGUCAAAGACAUCGAGUCGCUUCAGCUCAGCAGUUGGCUGAUUGAGGCUCUGUGCUGCGCUGGAGUGAUAUUUUCCAAGCUGGAUUUCCAGUUCAGCCGGCUCAAGGAUUUGAAGGUCAUGUGCUCCCAAAUCAGCGCCAAAACGCGCGAUUCGUUCACCUGUUUCUUGCACAUCGCUCCGGCCUUGGAGGAACUACAACUCAUCAGAAUGGAGGAGGGAUUGAGUAGUAGUGUGGAGUUUCCGUUGAGUCAGCACCAGAAUUGGCACGAGCCGCAUCUGUGGAAGGAUUACGCGAGUGUCAAGGACGAGGCGUGUAGGCUCAAACACAUGAAGAAGAUCAAGAUGAAGGGGUUCAGCAUGGGAAGAGAUGAGCUGCUGUGGGUGGAUCUUUUGCUCCACAAUGGGAUCAAUUUGAGAGAGAUGGUUGUUGAUGAUAUUUGGAGGGUGGCGAGAGUUCCACGUACUCAGCUCCACUGCAUCAAACCUCAAUACUUGAUCAUUCCUUGCCAUCAUAUUCAUUCCUACUCCCUCUUAAUUGCGGAUUCAAUUCCCAAAUUUUGACGUUGCAAUUUCCUUGUUUUUUCUUUUAGACUUCAGCUAGACUUAAUUGCUGCAAAUGUAAUUAAUUAAUGAUUAUAUGUCCAAUUAAUGAAUGAAGAAAUUCCAAUAAUCA